GUGUUGGAUAAUUCUAGAAGCGCGUCAGUGAGACUUCAGUGCUAGCGCUGCUGAGAUUGACCCACAGCUCACUUACUCGACCUCCAGCUGUUCUGAACACAUCUCUUACUCAGCGUUCAUCAGUCGAAGAUGUUGUCCGCGGCGAGAACAGCAGCGAGGAGCGUGUCUCGCUCUCAGAAGACCUGCAGUGGUGUGUCCGAUCUCAUCCAGAAGGCUUGUUGGAGGGGAUGGAGUCUCCAGACUGUGGCCAGACGUCAGUAUGCGUCGGAGGCGAUCAGAGGCGCUGUCGUCGGCAUUGAUCUGGGGACCACCAACUCCUGCGUGGCUGUGAUGGAGGGCAAACAAGCCAAGGUGCUGGAGAACGCCGAGGGAGCGAGGACCACGCCGUCAGUCGUGGCCUUCACAGCGGACGGAGAGAGACUCGUGGGAAUGCCAGCCAAACGCCAGGCCGUCACCAACCCCAACAACACGCUCUACGCCACCAAACGCCUGAUCGGACGCCGCUACGACGACGCUGAAGUCCAGAAAGAUCUGAAGAACGUGCCGUAUAAGAUCGUGCGAGCGUCUAACGGAGACGCCUGGCUGGAGGCCCACGGUAAACUGUACUCUCCCAGUCAGGCCGGAGCCUUCGUCCUCAUGAAGAUGAAGGAGACCGCAGAGAACUACCUGGGUCACACGGUGAAGAACGCUGUUAUUACAGUCCCUGCUUACUUCAACGACUCUCAGAGACAGGCCACCAAGGACGCCGGACAGAUCGCAGGUCUGAAUGUGCUGCGUGUCAUUAACGAGCCGACGGCUGCUGCUCUAGCCUACGGACUGGACAAGACUCAGGACAAGAUAAUCGCGGUGUAUGAUCUCGGCGGGGGGACGUUUGAUAUCUCUGUCCUGGAGAUCCAGAAGGGUGUGUUCGAGGUGAAGUCCACUAAUGGAGACACGUUCUUGGGUGGAGAAGACUUCGACCAGCAUCUCCUCAGACAUAUAGUGAAGGAGUUCAAGAGAGAGUCUGGCGUGGAUCUGACCAAAGACACCAUGGCUCUGCAGCGGGUGAGAGAGGCGGCGGAGAAGGCCAAGUGUGAGCUGUCUUCCUCUCUGCAGACGGACAUCAACCUGCCGUACCUGACAAUGGAUGCCUCUGGCCCCAAACACCUGAACAUGAAGCUGACUCGCUCUCAGUUCGAGGGCAUCGUGGCGGAUCUGAUCCGCAGGACCGUGGCUCCCUGUCAGAAGGCCAUGCAGGACGCAGAGGUCUCCAAGAGUGACAUUGGAGAAGUGCUGCUGGUGGGAGGAAUGAGCCGCAUGCCCAAGGUCCAGCAGACGGUGCAAGAUCUGUUCGGUCGUGCUCCCAGUAAGUCUGUGAACCCCGACGAAGCCGUGGCCAUCGGAGCGGCCAUCCAGGGAGGCGUUCUGGCCGGAGACGUGACCGAUGUGCUGCUGCUGGACGUCACUCCUCUGUCUCUCGGCAUCGAGACUCUGGGAGGAGUCUUCACCAAACUCAUCAACAGAAACACCACCAUCCCCACCAAGAAGAGCCAGGUGUUCUCCACUGCUGCUGAUGGACAAACUCAGGUUGAGAUCAAGGUUUGUCAGGGGGAGCGAGAGAUGGCUGCAGACAACAAGAUCCUGGGACAAUUCACCCUGGUCGGCAUCCCUCCGGCUCCUCGUGGUGUUCCUCAGAUUGAAGUCUGCUUUGAUAUCGACGCUAAUGGGAUCGUGCACGUCUCCGCUAAAGACAAGGGCACCGGACGAGAACAGCAGAUUGUCAUCCAGUCGUCUGGUGGACUCAGCAAAGACGACAUUGAAAACAUGAUCAAGAACGCUGAGAAGUACGCAGAGGAGGACCGGAGGAGGAAGGAUCGCGUGGAAGCGGUUAACAUGGCCGAGGGCAUCGUUCAUGACACUGAGUCGAAAAUGGAGGAGUUUAAGGACCAGCUGCCUGCCGAUGAGUGUGUCAAACUGAAGGAGGAGAUCACUAAAGUACGAGAUCUGCUCUCACGGAAGGACACGGAGACGGGAGAAAACAUCAAGCAAGCAGCCACAAACCUGCAGCAGGCCUCGCUCAAACUCUUCGAGAUGGCCUACAAGAAGAUGGCGUCGGAGAGGGAAGGCUCGGGCUCUGGAUCCGACUCUGGAGGAGAAGCGGGAGAGAAGAAGGAGGGCCAGCAGUAAAGCUCCAGUUAGAUGUGGACUGAAUGUUUGGGAGCAUGAAUGUGUUUCCCUGAGCAGCAUACACACCUUUAUUCUCACACAUACUGUGUUUUUGGCUGUAAAUUCUACAAAACAAUAUUGUCAAGGCCUCUCAUCCAUCUCCUUUAAUGUCUAGAAGUUCAAAUUCAGUCAUUGUGUCUGCUGGAAAUGAUCUGCGUGUGUCUCGAAGCGAACUGUGCACGCAUUCGUUUUGGGUUUGAGGAGAGCCUGAAGAUCACCGAUGUGACUUGAGCCAUUCAGAGAUGCAUUCCUGCCUACAGGCACCGUGUGUGUGUGUGUCCAACUUUACAAAGUGUCUUCAAGUGUGUGUGUUAUUUUGGGGAAUGAAUGAGGCUGAAUGUGUGGCUGAAUGGCUUCAGGAUGUCCAUCUCUGCAGGACUUUGUUUCGAGAAACCCAUGUCUGUUCUGUCC